CCUUGGGGCCGGGCUGGGCCAGGCUGGGUGUGGCACCCCCAGGCUUGUACAACCUUAAGCCGCAACCAGCGCUCGCUUGGAGAAGCCCCCAGAGCCAGGCAGAGGGGCCAGGAUGGUGAAGUUCGCGCCCUUGGCCGUGCCGUGGGAGCGCAGGCUGCAGACUUUCACCGUCCUGCUGUUUGUUUUCUCCUUACUGGUCUUGCCCCUGAUCUGCAUUGCCAUCUUCAUAGGCCUCCUGUUCACAAGAUUCUGGGUCUUCUCUGUCCUGUAUGCAACCUGGUAUUACCUGGACUGGGAAAAGCCAGCGCAGGGGGGCAGGAAAGUUAUGGCCGUAAGGCGUUGGUUCAUGUGGAAGUACAUGAAGGACUAUUUCCCUGUAUCGCUGGUCAAGACUGCUGAGCUGGAUCCCUCCCAGAACUACCUGGCUGGCUUCCACCCCCACGGGAUCCUGGCCUUUGGGGUCUUUACCACCCUGUGCACCGAGAGUACGAGCUUCCCUUCGCUCUUCUCCGGCAUCCGUCCCCGUGUGAUGAUGCUGAAUUUAUGGUUCCGGGUCCCUUUCCUCAGGGAAUACCUCAUGGCCGGAGGGCUGAUCACCGCAGACAAGGAGAGCGCUGCUUACGUGCUGAACAAAAAGGAGGGCGGCAACCUUCUGGGCAUCAUCAUAGGGGGCGCUCGGGAGGCGCUAGAUGCCAGACCUGGAGCCUACACACUGUUGCUGCAGAACCGCAAGGGCUUUGUCAGGCUUGCCCUCAUGCACGGGGCAGCGCUGGUGCCCACCUUCUCCUUUGGGGAAAAUGAGGUAUUUGACCAGGUAAAGAACUCCCCUGGCUCCUGGUUGCGCUCUGUCCAGAACCAGCUGCAGAAGGUCAUGAGAAUCUCCUUACCGCUCUUCCACGGCCGUGGCAUCUUCCAGUACAGCUUUGGCUUCCUGCCCCACCGCCGGCCCAUCACCAUCGUGGAGCUAUUCCCAAGAGGAGAGGGCAGGGGAGCUGCCUUCUCAGCCAGAGGAAGGAGGUUACGAGUCCUCCCUCAGAUGAGCAGAGCACUACAGUGGGGAAGCCCAUUGAGGUGCAGCAGACGCUGUACCCCUCAAAGGAAGAAGUGGACCAGCUGCACCAGCGCUACAUCGAGGAGCUGUGCAACCUCUUUGAGACCCACAAGCUCAAGUACAAUGUCCCCAUUGACCAGCACUUGGAGUUCCACUGAGCACCUCCAGCUGGAGGAGGUGCUGCCCCAAGUGCAGGGCUGGCAGCCAUGGAGAGCAUUAGAGAGCCUAGCUGGAGCUGCUGUGAUCUAAGAAGGCUUCCUGGAGAUGUUUGUUGAACAUUAUCUCCAGAGCUUUCCCAGACUCCUGCAAAUUCCACCCAAGCCAGGUCCCAAGUCAGAUCUGGCAAUGUGGGAGAGCAGACCAGACUCUGCCAUCUGUGAUUUGCACUCCUGCUAUGAAACUUUCACAAAUCUCUCCCUCCUCUUGGCCUCUGUCUACUCCCCUUGGAAUGGGAGAGGGGGCUGGAAGAGAAUGAUUUGAGGUCUCUGUCCUCUGUUGUGAUGUCACUCAAUGGACAGGGAAAAGAGCAGUGACUGGGUUUUUCUUCCUCUAACCUUGAGUGACAGCACAAAAGAUGCCACCAGCCCCAGUCCCCUCUCCUACAAGUCCCUCAUCCUGUAACCAUCCUCCCUCCCAAAGCUAUAUGGGAGUGGGUGGCCAUUAAGUUCCCUGCACUCACCCUAAGUAUGUUUGAGUUUCUGGGUCCUUUAGACUAUAGAGUGGCAGCCAGAGGGUUCCAGAAGGUGGGUAAGGAGAACUCAGCUCCAUCACUGUCUGUCUGAGCAAGCCUCCUCCCCUCCCUCUUAGCCUCAUUUACUGGCUAAGAUGACGUCUGAUUCUCAGCUAUGACUCCAUGAGGGCACUUCUUACUCAUCCUUUGUAACUUCAGCUCCUGACCACCACAAAAAGGGAACUCAAUAAAUGUCAAUGUAAUAAAUGAAGGGAUUUUGGCCCUCCUGCCUUCCUCCCCAUUCUGUAACCAAGGAGGCUGGUCAAAGCCUGACCUUUGAGCUCCAUCCCAGCCUUGUCUCGAUCCUCUGGAAGGUGAACCAGAUUGAGCCAGAGAAGACCAUGUUGACCUCUUCAUGAUCCAUCAGUCCCAAAUGAGAAGUCUGAAUGUUUGCAUGUGUCCUCAGGGUAGGUGAGAUGGAGACAAGUGCCCUGACUAGAAGAAUUCUGGAUUCUUGGGUUUGGGACAUGCAUUCCUAUAGCCUCUGCCCCCCUCCCCACCAUCCAGGGCCUUCUCUUUGACAGUGGGCAGCAAGGGGGCAGGGGAUGGCUGGGCAGGCUAGUGCUUGGGAAUCUCCCUCUGUAUGAGUCUAGGUCCCAGCAGGCACCAGACGAUAUGUUCAGAUUGGGAAAAUUUGAAGAGGGUUUAACAAAGGAACAAUUUUCUGAGGUGUGUGCAGGGUGUUGGAAACCGCAAAGGGUGGUGCGGAAACCCAGGGCUGUGCCCACUGCUGCCACCCUGAAGCCGGGAAGACAAGUGGAGGCCACGGUGACCUGAACCCAGCAGAGUCCUGUGAAGGAGGCCACCACCGGUCAAGGGGCACAGACAGUGCUGGGUGACCCCACGGGUGAUGGACAUUGCCACCUCACUCUCCUCCCUCCGCUUCAUUUCCUGUCAAGGCUCCCCACUGCCUGAACCCAGUUGGAAGUUAGAGGGUAUGAUGGUUGGGUUCAUGUGUCAACUUGGCUAGGUGGCCUAGCCGUCUGGUCAAGCGGGCACUGGCCUGACGAUUCCUGUGAGGCUAUUUGAGGCUGGUUGGUUU